AUGUCUCGCUCAGUAUUUCAACUUCUUCGGCUUCCCAACGAGCUCCUCAUUCUCAUCGCCGAGCUCCUUGGCCCGCCAGACUUCUCACACUGCGAUCCUGGCUGGCUGGUACUCCCCGCUGUCUGUCGACGUUUGCGCGCGGUGGCCGAACGCUCAGUCGAUCUCUCGGCUGGAGAGUUCUCUGGCGACAUUUUUGCCAACGGGGAAGAAUGCAGCGUGUUUUGGGACUCCUCCUUCCCGGUGUACAACGGCAGCAGCAUCGAAUUCCGGAACUGGUAUCUGCGUCUUGCAGCUGAAGGCCCCAACGGGUGGAAGGCGCUCGAUCGUCAGGUCGGCUCUCCCUUAAUUCUGCGACGACCGCAUCGCCUCAACACCACCUGGAUCAAGACCCUCAGCUUGGGAUGUCAGGCUUGGAAGGCCGACUCUAGUCUGGCCCACCUGUCCUUCGAGGAUGCGCCGCGCUUCGUUGCACCAGCGCUGAAAAGACUGGACCUCACGAACUACAUCGUCGAUUGGCGCUGUGAUGGGUUGGAGGAGCUCAGCAUACGGAUGCAUAGCUGGCCUACCAUGGGCUAUCGAUACCCCGUGGCACGCCUCUUCGAGCGUCUGGCCAAGUCACGACAGACUCUUCAGAGCGUCGAACUGUCGCAUUGUCUUUUGACACGACCUCAGGUUGUGGCUCAGGAGAGGGCCAUACCCACUACAUUGGCCUUUCCAAACUUAUCGCAGUUCGAGCUCACGACCGCAUCUAACGAGGCAGCCUACUUCGUACAACGCAUGUCGUUCCCUGCUGGUUGUCUACCAGCCUUCAAUGUCCACGGCUCGGCACUCGGCUUUUUAAGCUGCUUCUCGUGGGUGGGAUCCGACGACAAGACGCGGGUGAAUGUUCUGACCGUCCGCGAGGCCGCGCGCGGCAGCGGAUACGGAUGCACUGUUACAGGAAGCAGGAUAUCGACAAAGGAUGAUUCAGCACUACGCUCGUAUGCCGCGGAGCGGGUACCACGACUGGACCGAUAUGGAUACGGGAAAGAGAUCAGACGACUUGAUCAGUCCACUCCGGCGCUCGAGCCCCUCUUCAUAGCCAACCUCGACUGGAACGUGAACGCUUGGAAGUUAUUUGGGCCAUCAUCGCUCUACAACAUACAAGGCGUGCAAUACAUCUUCAUAAACGGCAAAAAGGGCCGACUAUUCAAAUCCGACACCGCAGACUCGGAAAUAUGGACAACGCUCCUGCGCCAUCUUCCGAACGUACACGCGCUGUACAGGUUUUCCCCAUCACUUGGAAGACACCCACCACUUGGAAGGAUGCCGCGUCUUGCCCAAUACCGUAUCAAAACUCGUCGUACCUUUUGCAUAUGGCGUGUAUAG